UUCCGAUCGUUCCUUGUAAACCCUAAUUUAUUAAGAAUUUUACAUUAACUAAAUAUCUUCAUGGCGAAGAAGGGCAAAGCAAAGUCGGCAAGAAUUGAGAUCGAAGAGAACGAAUCGGGACUGUUAGAUUCAGAAUCAUUGAUGGUACUAAGCAGCAGUGACGACGAGGAAGCCAAUGAAGACCUAAGCUUGAAAAUUGUCGAGAAAGCACUAUUGGUGAAAGCUGCGAGGUUUGAUGAAGGAAACCAUGGCGCUUCCGAUGACAGAGGCGUCGUUUCAGUGGUGGACUUGGCCCCCUCGUCUUCUCGCAGAGGUACUGAUGUAGCUGGUACAAGUGGUGUUGGUGAAGAGGCGGAUUUGGAUUUGAAAAUUAAGAAGAGUGUUAAAAGGAAAACGAAGAAAACGAAAGUUGAAAAGGUUAUAGAGGAUGGAGAUAAUGCUGAGAUGAUAGACAAAGCUGAGACAGUUGAGCAGGCUAUUACGGCUAAGGCUGCAGAGCCUGUUGAAUCUCUUGAUGCAAAUACUGUGGACAAAGCUGACAAUAUUGUGCUCCGAAAGCUUCUUCGAGGGGCCAGAUACUUUGAUCCUCCAGAUAGUGCUUGGGAAACAUGCUAUACUUGUGGCGAAGAAGGGCAUAUGGCAGUUAACUGUAAAUCUUCUUCAAAGAGGAAGAAACCAUGCUUUCUUUGUGGGAGUUUGGAUCACGGUGCUAGACAGUGCUCAAAGGCACAAGAUUGCUUUAUCUGCAAAAAAGGUGGUCACCGUGCAAAAGAUUGUCCAAACAAACACAAUAAUGGCAUGAAGUACGGUAAUAUUUGUUUAAGAUGUGGAGGCUCUGGGCAUGACAUGUUUUCAUGCAGGAAUGACUAUUCCCAUGGUGAUAUCAAGGAGUUACAGUGCUAUAUCUGCAAGGGUUUUGGCCAUUUAUGUUGUGUUGACUUUGUUGAUGCCAAAGUAAGAGAAGUUUCCUGUUACAGAUGUGGCCAAUUGGGUCAUACUGGUUUGUCAUGUGGUAGAUCAUACAGAGAAACAAAAGAAGCCAUUGAUAACGGGUCACCUAGCUUAUGCUAUAAGUGCGGUGAAGGUGGACACUUUGCGCGGGAAUGCACCACCGGCACUCCAUCAUCUAGCUUAUGCUACAAGUGCGGAGGAGGAGGACACUUUGCUCGGGAAUGCAGUUCCGCUAAAGUUGUUAAAAGAAAUCGUGAAGAUGGAAGACCUCGUAGAGAAAAUAGAGAGUACUUGGGAUACAAGUCUGCACCUCAUGACCAGGGCAAGAUCCGCAAAAGGAAAAAGAUAAAGUACGAAGAAAACAACUUCAGUACACCACGAAAAGAAAAACAAAGAGGUGGUUGGAUUACAGAGGAUCCCGGAGAUUUCUCCAACAGGAAGUUGUCCACAAGGAGCCAUUGGAGUUCUCCCAAAACCCCUCCUGCGGAGGGACGUAAGAAGUUGUCUUCAGCUUCUGGUGAUCGUAGGACAGGUUCUCGAUCAUCUAAAACCAGAAAUUCUCAUAGAUAUUCGGCAUCAAGGUUCAGCAAUUUCGGCAAUGAUGAACCAAAGAGGGGUUACAAUUGGUGGUAGGAUCAUUGUCAUUAUUGAACUCAUUUAAUCAGUUUCUUGUUCUCGUUUUCUAAAUAUUCAUGGGGCUUCAUUGUGUGUGUUUAA